AUGGUCGAGGACCACAAACAUCAAACCACUGUCCGAGAAUUGGUUCCGGGCUCUUCAAGCUCUGCAGAGCCCCCGUCCACUGCCAGCAGCAGCACAUUUGGCGAGGUGGACUGGAAGGGCCCUGAUGAUCCAGAGAAGCCGAUAAACUGGCCCCGAAGCAAGAAGAACCAGAUCCUCGGUGCUGUGUGUCUGAUGCGCUUUACCACGCCACUUGCCUCAUCGAUGAUGGCCCCGACCAUGCUCCAGAUUGAAAAGGAGUUUGCAGGCACAUCACCGAUGCUGAUCAACUUCACUGUUUCUAUCUAUAUCAUUGGCUUUGGUAUUGGUCCUCUGUUAUUAGCUCCUCUUUCUGAGAUCUAUGGCCGCAACAACAUCUACCAUGGAGGAAACGUCCUCUUCACCAUCUGCACCGCUUGCUGUGGUCUCUCCCCCAACGCUACCUCUCUCUUGAUCUUCCGCUUGCUCGCUGGUAUUAUGGGUGGUGCCCCGUUGACGAACGGCGGUGGUACCAUCGCUGAUCUGGUGCCAUCCAACGAACGAGGAUUCAUCAUGAGUGUGUUUAGUCUCAGCAUGCUGCUAGCUCCCGUACUGGGCCCUGUUGCUGGAGGAUUCCUGGGUGAAGCCGCAGACUGGCGAUGGAUCUUCUGGCUGCUGACGAUUUUGAGCGGCCUUACCACCAUCGUCUGCUUCAUCUUCCUGCGUGAAACCUUCGGCCCCGUCCUCCUCGAGCGCAAAACUGCCGAGAUGCGCAAACUGACGGGCAACCCCAUGCUCCAACCCGCCGGCAAAUCCCCCCUGCCCUUCCAGAAACUCCUCGGCCGCGCCAUCAUGCGCCCCAUAGAACUCCUCUGCACCAGUCCCGUCAGCAUCGCCAUGGCCCUGUACAUGGGUCUGAUCUACGGUAUCAUCUACCUGCUGUUCACCUCGUACACCGAAGUCUUCCAACAUACCUACGGCUUCAGUCAGGGCAUUGCGGGCCUCACGUACCUGGGCAUGGGUCUGGGCUGCGCAACACAGCUAUUCCUCGGCGCCUGGAGCGACAAACUCCACGUCCAGCUGACGGCGAAGAACGGCGUCGAGCGCGCAGAGUACCGUCUCCUGAUGCUGAUCCCUGCGGCGCUGUCUCUCCCCGUCGGUCUGAUUAUCUAUGGCUGGACCGCGCAGUACCACGUCCACUGGUUCGUGCCUCUUAUUGGCACUUUCUUUAUUGGUGUCGGCUUCUCGGGCUCCAUGACCAGUGUCCAAACUUACCUCGUUGCCGCUUUCACCUCGUUUUCGGCCAGUGCCCUCGCUGCCAACAACGUCGUCCGCAGUCUGGCUGGUGGCCUCGUCCCUCUGUCUGGUCCUGACAUGUACGCCAAGCUGGGCCUCGGAUGGGGCAACACGCUAUUGGCACUCCUGGCCCUGGCGUUCGGUCUGGCUCCUAUGUGGUUCUACCGAACCAAGGACCGACCGCAAGAAAGCAAAGAAUGCCCAGUCUAA